AUGGCAGCCCCGCUGCUGUCCCUCUCCGAGGGGGAGGGCGCCCGGGCGCGGCGGCGGGAGCAGCUGCGGGCCUGGGCGGAGGCCGAAGCGGCGGCGGCUUCCUUGGGGCCGGCCCCGCCUCAGAUCGCGGCGGCGGCAGCAGCAGGGUCGGCGAUGGGCUCCGGCGGCCGCCCCUCCCGAGCCGUCCGCUUCGACGCGGCCGCCGAGUUCUUGGCCUGCUGCGCCGGGGCCGAGCUGGAGGCGGCGCGGGAGAUGCUGAGCGCAGACCCGGGAGCCGUCAACGGGACCAACGCGGACGGCAUCAGUGCUCUCCACCAGGCCUGCAUUGAUGAGAACAUGGAGGUGGUUGAAUUUCUGGUGGAAAACGGAGCCGACGUGAACCAGGCGGACAACGAGGGCUGGACUCCGCUGCACGUCGCUGCUUCCUGCGGCUACAUUGAAAUUGCACAACUGCUCUUGCAGGCCGGCUACGAGCCCAACGUGCAGGACAAGGACGGCUGGACUCCCCUGCAUGCGGCAGCCCACUGGGGGGUGGAGGAGGCCUGCCGCCUCCUGGCAGAGCACUUCUGUGAGAUGGAGGCACUCAACAACGUGGGCCAGCGUCCCUGCGACCUCGCCGAUGAGGAUACUUUGGCCCUGCUGGAGGAGCUGCAGCGUAAGCAGAACGACCUACGCAGCAAGAAGGAAGCGCACCUGAGGCAGGCUGUGAUCGAUACCUGUUUGGAGCAACCCCCUUCGUAUACAAGCAAGCACCGAAGGAGUUCCGUGUGUCGCAUGAGCAGCAAAGAGAAGAUCUCUGUCCAGGACCAAUCGAAGGAGCGCAAGACUUUGGGCACCAUCGCUGUCGGUGAGGAGGAGACCAGCUCGGCCUCAGAUGGAGAGGAGGCUCCAAAUUCCAGCGAGGCCAAGGCCAGCCCCCCAACGGACAGCAGUGCGGUGAACGGAGUCUCUGUGCCCCCCGUCAGCCCUGUCCCUCCCAGUUCUGCCACACAAAAGUUCUCCGGGGGCUGCAGCCGCACAAUGGAACCAGAGGACUCGCAAGCCCCCGCGGUCUGGAGGCAGAGUCUGCGCAAGACCAGCAGCUUUGGGGUGCUGCAGGACGCCAGGCUGGAGGACGGGGCUGCCAAGGAGGGCAGCGGCAUCAAGAGGUCAGCGUCCAGUCCUCGGCUGGACACAGAAGAGAAGCAAGACAUCCGGGAGCUCUUACAGAAGUGGAACAAGAAUCCCAUUGGCCCAGGGUUAGCCAAUAGGAGUGCCCCUUCUGAGCCAGCUGGUGACCCGAGCAAAGAGCCACGCCUGGCCCGGGUGACGCCAACCCCCACUCGGAGGAUAUUCGCCCUCCCAGACACGGAGCCCCACCGGGACCCACGGCGAGCAAACUUAGAAGGUGGCCUUCAGAUGAAGAUAGAUACCGCCCUUGCCCCGCACCUGCCCCCCUCUUCCGCUGCCAUCAGCUCUAGCACGGAUCCCCGGGACCGCCGAAGGUCCUACCAGACGCCCGUGCGGGAUGAAGAGUCGGAGUCCCAAAGGAAGGCCCGCUCCAGGCUCAUGAGGCAGUCCAGGCGUUCCACGCAGGGAGUUACUCUCACCGAUCUAAAGGAGGCUGAGAAGACCAUGAGCCGGGCUGGGGACUCCAGAGCGGCCUCGGAGCAGAGAAGCAAAGAGGACGAGAAGCUGGAAAAAGAUGGAGAGCAGCAGCCCCAAGAGGCCACGGUAGAGGUGGCAGGACGUGGGCAGGAUGCCUCUAGGAGAUUCCGGCACCCCAGUUCAGACAGCUCUUCGGUUUAUACUGUGAAUCCGUUGGUGGUGAAUUCGCAGCCCAGAAGAGGCUUGGAACCCGAUGAGAUGAGCUCGGAGGCGGAUUUGGAUCUCCGGAACCGGUUGGCUAUCCGGGACCGCAGGAAAGGCCGGCGGGAGAGACGCAUCAGCGGGCUGGGGGGAAACUCUGAGGGUGAGGAUGAAGAAGAUGUUGAGCAAGUCAACAGUGAAGAUCCGUCAGGACAUGGCAGUGAACACGUGAACAGCGUCCUGCCCAACCGGACAGCUCCCUGCCAGAGACGGAGCAGCGCGUCGCACUGCAAAGAGGAACCCGAUACCUAUUACAGAAAACUGUAUGAAGAUCUCUCGAUUGAGAAUGAGAAACUGAAGGAGCAGCUGCAGGAGGCACAGCUGCAGUUGACCCAAGUCAAGCUGGAGCUGGAAAGAGCGACCCAGAGGCAGGAGCGUUUUGCCGAGCGGCCAGCUCUCCUGGAGCUGGAGAGAUUCGAACGCCGAGCCUUGGAGAGAAAAGCCGCAGAGCUGGAGGAAGAGUUGAAGGCUCUUUCAGAUCUGAAGGCUGACAACCAGCGUCUGAAGGACGAAAACGCCGCUCUUAUCCGUGUCAUCAGCAAGCUGUCUAAGUGACCGUCACUGCAGCCCCCAGAUUCUGCCACGAACCCGGGGCCUUACUCCCCAGUCCACCCUUUAUGUCAACCAGAUCUUCAUCAGGGACAGGAAGGAGAUGCGAGGAUAAUGGGGCGGCCAGCUCCCCACACCAACACCCAGACACUCCAAACGCAGGCUGUCGCAAGCCCCAGCCAAUCAGAAA